AGGAAGACUCCUCUCCUCUUUAAGACCUAGUUGCUUCCCUGUUGUCAUUUAGGGGUUAAAAAGUUAACUAAACUUGUAGCAGCCAUGGAAACUAAUUUGCGAGACACUGUCGAUCUAAAUAAUCCUUAACGCCGACUCACCGCUUGUGUUGUAAUCACCGAAACAACUCGUGAAAGUGGGAAGAGCGGAGUUUUUUUUUUUCGCCUAGGGAGACUUAACCUACUGUAGCAGACUAGCUAACUUAGCUAAAGCUAACGUUAGCUCAUUUAGUGUCACAUACGUUCGGGACUUAAAAUCCACAUUGUUAAAGGUUCGGCUUGUGUUACAUGUGGAUACUGGUAGAGUAACAGCUUCCUUUGUAUUUUAUUGACGCAACAGGUGGUCUUCAUACUUAUCGUCCCGAGGCUCGGGGCUGUGCUUUGAAUUUCCCUCCUUCAGGGAUACAGACGGGCGGCUUAGCGAGGGGUUCGCUCGGUGUAGUUGGCUUCCUACCAAAUCAUUAGCAGCACGGUGCUAAUUGUGGCUAGUUAGCCAGGAAAGUAGCAUAGGCCCAGAGGAAUUAACAUUUGGCUUUUUCGCAAGUCAAGAAAACCCCGUCGGAGGAAACGUUUGCUUUUGCCCUUAGAGCGGAGAGAUUACCGCCACACGGGUUUAUUUUGACACCCAGUUCAAGGAAACGGAUUAACUUAUAAAUAUGGAUCCACACACGGGUAAUUCUGCCUCAGCUGCUGGUCCCAAGAAGGACAAAAAAUCAAAGAAGAACUACGAGGAUGGAGAUGGGAAAAAGAAAUUUACAUUCAAACGGCUGAUUCCUGACGAGCUGGAGCGUUUCACCAGCAUGAGGAUAAAAAAGGACAAGGAGAAGCCCGGCCAUAUGCCAGGUCAGCGUCACUCUUCAGCUGCCAGCUAUGAGAUCAAUGCUCAUAGCGCCAUGCUGCAGGAUCUCUCUGAUGAGAACGUCCUGGAACUCUUCGAACAGAUGCUGUUGGAUAUGAACCUGAAUGAGGAGAAGCAGCAACCUCUAAGACAGAAAGACAUUAUGAUCAAGCGAGAGAUGGUCUCCCAGUACCUCCACACAUCUAAAGCUGGCCAGAACCAGAAGGAGAGCUCCAGAUCAGCCAUGAUGUACAUUCAGGAGUUAAAGUCAGACUACCGAGACACGCAGCUGCUGAGCUGUCUGGAAUCUCUACGAGUGUCACUCAAUAACAACCCUGUCAGUUGGGUGCAGAACUUUGGAAAUGAAGGCCUGGCUCUGCUGCUGAGUCUGCUUAGAAGGCUACAGGAAGAGAAAGACGAGUACCCAAUGAUGGGAGUGAAAUGCCAACACGAAAUCAUACGAUGUCUAAAAGCCUUUAUGAACAACAAGUAUGGUCUAAAAUCCAUGCUGGAGUCAGAGGAGGGAAUUCCUCUGCUGGUCAGAGCCAUCAACCCUAAUGUGCCUCAUAUGAUGGUGGAUGCUGUCAAGCUGCUUUCUGCCAUCUCCAUUUUGGAACACCCUGAGAGCCUCCAUGAACGUGUUUUGGAGGCCAUCACAGAGGAGGCUGAGAGACGGGACAUUGAGAGGUUUCAGCCUCUCCUUGCUGGCAUGAACAGUCACAACAUUGCUCUUAAGGGUGGCUGCAUGCAGCUAAUCAACGCCUUAAUCAGCCGAGGAGAGGAGUUGGACUUCAGAAUCCAUAUUCGCUCUGAACUGCUAAGACUGGGCCUGAGAGACCUGCUGACGGAGGUGCGGACAAUAGAAAAUGAAGAGCUGAGGGUGCAGCUUAUGGUGUUUGAUGAGCAGGCUGAAGAUGACUCUGAGGACCUCAAAGCACGUCUUGAUGACAUCCGCAUUGAGAUGGAUGAUGUGAGGGAACUGUUUGAGAUUCUUGUCAACACUGUGAAGGACUCCAAAGCGGAGAGCUACUUCCUGUCCUUGAUGCAGCACCUGCUUCUGAUCCGUAAUGAUUAUUUGUCCAGGCCUCAGUACUACAAGUUGAUAGACGAGUGUAUCGCUCAGAUCGUGCUUCACAGGAAUGGAGCGGACCCUGACUUCAAGUGCCGUCACCUUCGUCUCAACAUUGAAGGCUUGAUAGACAACAUGGUGGACCAGACCAAGGUGGAAGCCAGUGAGGCCAAGGCCACCGAGCUUGGGAAGAAGCUGGAUUCCGAGUUGACAGCACGCCAGGAGUUGCAGGUGGAGCUGAAGAAACUGGAGGGUGACUAUGAGCAGAAGCUGCGGGACCUGAGCCAAGAGAAAGAACAGCUAGCUUCUUCUAAGCAGGAGCAAGAAAAGGAGAACCAGGGACUACAACAACAGCUAAGCACUCUGAAAGAGCAGAUCGAAAAGCUGUCUAAGGAUCUGGAAGAGGCCAAGACUAAAGUUGUUACAGUUACUGUUCCUGUGCCAACACCAGGUUUGCCCCCUCCACCACCUGCUCCUCCUCUCCCUGGCCAGAAUGUAUCUAUGCCCCCUCCACCUCCACCUCCGCCCAUACCAGGCAAUGCAGCCAUACCUAUUCCCCAGCCCCCACCGCCCCCUCCUUUACCAGGCCAAGGCAGUGCUCAUAUUCCUCCUCCUCCUCCACCACCUCCUUUACCUGGCAUGCCAGGACCGCCACCACCCCCACCCCUUCCUGGCAUGCCAGGACCUCCACCCCCUCCACCUUUACCUGGGAUGGGACCUCCACCACCACCGCCGCCACCUGGGUUUCCUGGUAUCCCUCCUCCACCGCCAGGCCCAGGCAUACCUCCACCUCCACCAUUUGGCAUGGGAGGGUGGGCUGCCCCCGCACCACCUCCACUGCCUUAUGGGCUCAAACCUAAGAAGGAUUACAAGCCUGAGGUCCAGCUGAAGAGAGCCAACUGGAGUAAGAUCGGACCUGAAGACCUCUCUGAGAGCAGUUUCUGGACCAAGGCAAAAGAGGAUCAAUUUGAAAACAAUGAGCUCUUUGCCAAACUCACCUUAACCUUCUCCUCGCAGACAAAGACCACUAAAGCCAAAAAGGAGCAGGAUGGUGGAGACGACAAGAAGCAGCUGCAAAAGAAGAAGGUGAAGGAGCUGAAGAUUCUUGACACCAAGGCCUCACAGAACCUCUCCAUUUUCCUGGGCUCGUUCCGUCUCCCUUACGAAGAGAUCAAGAAUGCCAUCCUGGAGGUCAAUGAGAAGAUCCUCACAGAGUCCAUGGUUCAGAACCUGAUCAAACAACUGCCAGCACCAGAGCAGCUGAGUGUACUGGGAGAGAUGAAGGAUGAAUAUGAUGACCUGGCUGAGUCUGAACAGUUCGGAGUAGUGAUGUCCAGCGUGAAGCGACUGAUGCCACGGCUUCAGGCCAUCCAGUUCAAGCUGCAGUUCGACGAGCAGCUGAACAACAUCAAGCCAGAUGUGGUGUCUGUGACAGCAGCCUGUGAGGAGCUCAUGGGAAGCCAGUCCUUCUCCAAGCUGCUACAGAUCAUCCUUCUUGUCGGGAACUACAUGAAUGCUGGUUCCCGCAAUGGAAAGGCAUUCGGCUUUUCCGUAUCAUACCUGUGCAAGCUGCGUGACACCAAAUCAGCCGAUCUGAAGCAGACACUGCUCCACUUUCUCGCUGAUGUGUGCCAAGAGCAGUAUCCUGAUGUCAUGAGCUUUACAGAUGACCUCAUCCAUGUGGAAAAGGCCAGCAGAGUGUCCGCAGAAACAAUUCAGAAAAACGUAGAGGCAAUGGGCCGUCAGAUCAAGAACCUGGAGAAGGAUCUGGAAACCUUUCCUCCUCCACAAAAUGACAAGGACCUGUUUGCGGAGAAGAUGUCCAGCUUUGUCAUCAGUGCCCAUGAACAGCAUGAGAAGCUGGAUCUGAUGCAUAAGAAUAUGGAAAAGCAAUAUGCUGACCUGGGAGACUAUUUUGUCUUUGACCCGAGAAAAAUCUCUGUAGAGGAAUUCUUUGGGGACCUCAACACUUUUAAAAACAUGUUCCAGCAAGCGGUGAAGGAGAAUCAGAAGAGGAAGGAGGCUGAAGAGAAGAUUAAGAAGGCCAAACUGGCCAGGGAAAAAGCAGAGAAGGAGAAGGAGGAGAAACUAAAGAGGAACCAGCUCCUUGAUAUCAACGCAGAGGGUGAUGAAACUGGUAUCAUGGAUGGCCUGUUGGAAGCGCUGCAGUCCGGCGCUGCUUUCAGGAGAAAGAGAGGACCCCGGCAAGCAGCCAACCACCGACGAGCUGGUCAUGCAGUGACCAACAUCCUGGCCAAAGAGCUGAUGCAGGAGGACACGCCUUCUUCCAGUAAAGUGCAGGCAAGGAAGAGCAAGUCAGAGGAGAAAGAGGAGCCUGUCCUAGAGGGGGCAGAGUCAUUAGAGGAAUUACUGGAGGCGGCUCCCCCUCGGUCUAACUAGGCAACACAGGUGCAGUUUUUACUCAGAGUCAGUGAUAUCCAAACACAGAUAUAUUCCUUAGGCAUUCCAGGGGCCAACAUCAGUCUGAGAUUAGUUUACUGAAAAAAACAGGGCCUGUGUUCUUCCAACCUUUGUCUUAACAGGACCAUUUUUUUAGGAUAGCACUGUCUGUGUCUUCUUUGAGGACAGAAAGAGGCAGAGGAUGAGGGCGGGGCUCUCAUCCCAACUCUUGGAUGUCCCUCGUCACCCUUUGGAUUUUUGCCAGUGUCAUAAAAAUGUUAAUUGCUUUCUUCAGCAUGUGCACAUAUCUGUUGAUGUAUUUUUGUUUCUCUGUUUUUCUGCAUCACUCAAUUCACCUGUCAUUCAUGAAAGGGCAUCUUGAGGAAUUCCAAAGACUUACUCAGGAGGGAUUCACCCUUUUUUUUUGUGGUUAUUUCCAAAUUCUGAAUUUAGACUUGGAACAUCUGGAAAUUGGGCACAUCUUGCAGGUGCUUCGUGGUUUUCUUUGGAUGAUUCAGCCACGACCACUUUGCGCUUUUUCACAGUCCUUUUUUUUUCUUUUUGCCUAUGGAAAAUAUUAUGUUAAAAUUGUCUAAAUAUACUGUAUGUUACUGUUUGUAAAUAUUAAUCAUUUUUGCUGCAUCAUUGAAAAAAGUGCCAACCAACACAAAUCCAGUCUUGUCAUUUCACUUCCAGUCGCUGUUUGCACUGGGCUGGUGUGUGAACCAGUCAGCCAGUCAAACAGUUGUCAUCACCUGGGUGUUAGAGUGUUUUUUGUUUUGUUUUGUUUUGUUUUAUUACUGAGAAGUGAUUUAGUUCACUUGAUUGCAUGCAUGAUUUAGAGUUCACAUAAAACUGAGGAUAAUUUACAUAAACCUGUCUAAGCUGUGUUGCCACACAUGCCCAUAACAGUUAUAUGAAGAAAACCUUCUUUCAUCCAUGAACAUGAACAUUCCCAUAAACCCCAGGGGGAAGCCGAGUUAGAUGGGAGGGGAAAGUUCUUUCACAGACAGUUAAACCAAAAAAAAAAAAUAAGUUUGCAUUUUAAAAGGGUGUUUCCAUACAAAACUUAGCUUGAGCAGUUUACAUGCCUGUGUAUUUAUGUGUAUGAGAAUGUCUGCGUGUGUGAAGUAAGCAGCCUAUAUUUAGUUUUGUGUGCACAGUCGACACCCUACAUGUGUGUGCGUUUGUGCAUGUAGGUCGGAGCGCGCGUGUGUGUGUUGCCAUCUGUAAUUACUGUACGGUACCGACCAUGCUGUCAUAAAUGCUAGGUUUCAUAAACAGCUUUGUGGUCUUUCUGCUGAGGAUAUAGCGCACUGGAAAACUGCCCAAAAAACUGCUGAGACAAGUAUGUGUGUUUGUUCAGUUGUCUGUAUGUGUGUGUGUUUGUGUUGUUCACCCACUUCCCCUCCCACUGAACUGCAGCAGUAGUUGCUGAAUGUCUGGCCUUGUUUCUAUUGGUAUUCAGUAGCCAUCAGCAUACAUGUUGCCAUGAUGUUGUGGUGUAAAAUCUGACAGGAAUCCUGAGAGGUGAUGUCAGCUGCUCCAUGCAAUAUUUAUUCCUAUGCAAACACAAUAUUGUAGCGUGCACUCUGGCCCUGAUACCCAGUCAGCCUCAGGAUGUAAAAACCACUGAGUGGACUUCAGUGGUCUGUACAACCCACUGAUUCAAGAUCAGUGCUUCACAUUGCUGAGAAAAAGCUUCAUAGCUCCAAAAGUUCAGCAUUUUGGGAAUGAAAAAAAACAUCACCAGAUUACUUGACAUCUUCCGUGAAAUUUUGAAUGUCUUGGAGGAACUGGCACUUAAAUUACAUAAAAAUAAAUGAGGUUCUUUGAGUACUGUAGGUGUAGAAAUCUUUAUUCUGAUCAAGUGCUGUUGCUUCAGUUUAAACUAGCAACACUGAGGAUAAUUAGGUGCAAAACCUCACAGAGUGCUGCGCCCGCUCUCAAGCACAAAAUAUAUCAUAGCUGUAUUUAAACCAGAGACACGACUGCUGUUUUAUUGGUGCAUUAUUCUGCCCAUCUCUACAGACGGUCAGUCCCAGGUGAUUGUGUUUACCCGACACAAUCUGUUGUCAACAUUAAGGAGAGAGAAAGACUAAAAAAAAAAAAAGAAAACAAUAUCAGAACAUCACUGGAAUAUUUGUUUGUUUGGGUUUUUUUUUUUAAUUUGAGUCAUUCCUUUUGCUUAUAAUUUUUUUAAAGAGAAUGUUUUCUAUGUGAAUUUUUACCGUUGAUUAUUUUAAUGUAUUUGAAUGGAGACUUUUUUUUUCAGAUUUCUCUAUGUACACAGAAUAAUGCACAGUCAUUCUGUUCGCUACACAGAACUAUUAAAACGUGUUAAGUAAUUA